UUGGCAAUCCCCGGCGGUGGAGUCGGAACGGAGUGACGACCGUAUUGUCCGAUACUGCCAGUCGUAUUCUCGGAUGUACUGUAUGUAUUAAUGGAAUUAUAACAGCACAUUCGCCGAGAUAGGUUCGCGAUGUAGUUAUAACGCUUAUCUAUUUAGGGAUUUAGAGCAUAGCGUGCCACGUGUAUAUGUAGUGUCUAAUUCCUCGCAGUGAAGCCAAAGCCAUGUCACAUCUCUGCCGCUCGGCCAGUUUGUUGUCGAUCCAGUCCGGGAACCAUUUCCUCUUGACUCCGUCGAAGGAAAACGCUAGGCUAGUAAAAAAAUCUUCGCGGUCCGUUAUCUUUUCGUGUUUUAAUUUUACAAGUUGAUGUUUUCAAACAUUAAAUGCGUCUAUUUUAUCGAUUAUUAAUGCUAACAUUUAUUUGAGCACGUUUUUGCUGGUUACAAUUCAUUUUUCUAAUCGAUCGAGCGGCUCCGUUUAUUGCACAUUAUUUUUAGCUUGUGACGCUGGUGGCUAGUCUUCUCGAGCCAAAAUGGCGGACAACGAGGAGGAGAAUAAAUUGUGUUCGGCGGAGGCGGCAGAACAUGAUGUCGAGUGUGUUCCACCGCCUGCACCCCAGAUAGACUCGACCGAAGGUCCCUCGGAUGACCCGACCGAGAAGAGCCAAAUAACCGCGGGAGUGACAGUUGCUGAGGGCUUGACGGACUUCCUGCAGACCUGCACCGCCAAGACGGAGGGAGAUAGCCCCCUCGUCACAACCAGCGUGGACGAUGGCUCCAUAGUCACACACACCGUGGGAGAGGGUUCACUAGUCUCGCGCACGGUGGAAGAUGGUUCAAUAGUCACACACACCGUGGAAGAUGGUUCAUUAGUCACGCACAGCGUGGACGACGGUUCACUAGUAACACACAGCGUGGACAACGGUUCACUAGUAACACACAGCGUGGACGAUGGUGCACUAGUAACACACAGCGUGGACGACGGUUCACUAGUAACACACACCGUGGACGAUGGUUCCAUCAUCACACACAGCGUGGACGAUGGUUCCAUAGUCACACACACCGUGGACGGCGGCCAGGUGGAACAGGCGGUGUACGCCGGCACCUCCACGGAGUACACUACGGUCAGUGCCGAGCUAGUCAACGCGCUGUCCUCAAACACCACCAUCAUAUACGUCCAGCCGGACGGGAGCUUCGUGGAGGGAUCGGGUCUGACAGCCGAAGAGCAUCAGGCUUUGGUGGAGCAGUUGACCAAACAGCAGAUCGUCCAGGUCUCGGACAGCGAGGCAGCCCGCCUGUUUGACAACCAGAUCAUCAAAACAAUCCCUGCGAGUAGCACGCAGUUCGCGACCCUGGCGCCCAGCGAACUCCAGCAAGUUAUUGACCAAGUCACCAAAUCCCAGCUGCAGCAGAGCCCGCCCGUCCCGGCCCAGCAGAAGGCGGUGGCCGCCAAGCCGGCGGAGCAGCUCGGGGGUGCUGGGGACGCCGGUGGGCUGUUCACGCUGAAAGCCAACCCGGUGGAAGCGGCGGGAAGCGGGGUCAAGCACCAGGUCCACGCGUCUCAGCAGCUGAAGAACGUGGCCAAGCAGGUGGCAAUACAGUCCAGCAAUACCGUCAGACUGUCUCCAAAGAAGCCUGAGCCAAUCAGAAUCCAGAUCCAGGUUCCUCCAAAACAGGAGUUGAAGCCCAUGACCACCAUCACCUUCCCCCAGCAGAACAACAUGGCUGUCAAUCAGCAGCACAUCAAGGUCUCAGCCAAUGGCAGCGUGAGCGGCUCCCAGAUCAUCCACAUCCAGCCAAUAGUGACCCAGCAGGGCCAGCAGUUCUACCUGCAGCAGAACCCCGGGGAACCGCCCAUCCAGCUGCUGCUCCAGGGCCCAAACCCCGUGGUGGGCUCCCUGGUGCCCAUGCUGCAGAAGAUGGCGGGGCAGACCACCACCACGCUCACCCUCCCCGUGCACAAGAUCACCGCCACGCAAGCUCCGGUCGCCAUGACGGUCCCCAAGGUGGUCCCCUCCCCCGUACGCCUUCUGAAGACCACGCCCACUUCCGCCGUCAAGCCUCCGACCAACGGGAAGACGGUCGCCGUCAAAUGUCCCGCCAAGUCUCCCGUGGCGGUCGCCGUGCCGACGACGGUGGCUGUUGCGGCGGCGGCGGCGGCGGCGGGCGCGUCCCCCGCCGCUGCCGCCGCCGUGGCGAGCGCCCGCCCCCCCCCUCCGACGCCGGCCAAAGAGAAGGUGAAGGAGCGGGAGAAGAAGAGCAAGAGCCGCGAGAAGAAGCCGCUGAAGGUGCAGACGCGGUCGGGGCGCGUCUCCCGGCCCCCCAAGUACAAGGCCAAGGACUACAAGUUCAUCAAGAACGAGGACCUGGCCGAGAGCCACCCCUCGGACUCGGACGACUACUCUGAGAUGAGCGUGGAGGAGGAGGGCGAGGAGGGCCGCGAGGGAGCCCCCUCCUCCGGCAGCGGACACAAGUCCAAGGCCUUCCAGUGCAAGAGCUGCGACAAGGCCUACAUCGGCCACGGGGGGCUCAACCGCCACUUCAAGCUGAACCCCACCCACGGAGUGCCUGUACCCCUCCCCAGCACCGCCCCGGCAGCGGCCGCGGCCCCGGCCGGCGCCACCCAGGAGCCGGCCGGACCCCGCCCCGACGGCAAGGAGGAGGUGGAGGUGGACGGAGACCCCCUCACCAAGGAGGAGGAGAAAGGGGAGGAGAAGAAGAAGAAGAAGGAGGAGGAAGAGGAGGAGGAGGAGGAGGAGGAGGAAGAUGCCGACGACGACUCAUCGGUAAAGAGCGACGGAGGCCCGGCCGCAUCCGUGGGCCUCAGGGGGGUCCAGUCCAGGGGCCCGGGUCGGCCCAGGGGCCGCGGGCGGGGACGGGGCCGCGGGAGAGGCCGGGGCCGCCCUCCCGGACCCCCACCCAAGGUGCUGAUCGGCGUCCCAGGCAGGCGGGGUCGCAGAGGCAGACCUCCAAAGCUGGGGGGCGCCAAAGCCAGCCUAGAGCAACAGACGGAGAGGAGGAAAGAGAGACUGCAAGAGCUGGUGGAGCAGUGUGAGGACCAGGAGCUGUUGGAGGUGGUCCUGCCCCGCCUGGCCAAAGCCCUCACCCUCUGGGAGCUGCUGCUGGCCAAGGUUGAAAAGGGUCCAGCCAAGCCCCAUUUCCCUGACGUGUACCGCGAGUUUGAGUCUUUACAAGGGCAGGUCCGCAAGAUGGCCCAGGAGUACAUCUGCAACCCCCAGGGCAUGAACACGGCCCUGGAAGUCCGCAAUAUAGAGGUCGCUAAAUCACUGGGGAUCUUCGACGAGGUGAACAAGCUCAAAGUGGUCCCUGGUUCAGCUCAAAGCUCGUCCAACCUGGCAACCAAGAACGUGCGCUAUAUGGAGAACACCAAGAUGCUGCCCCCGUCCAAGAGGUUCAAGAUGGAGAACAGAGUUCCUGUCCAGCAGAAUGGAAUAGAGAACCCCCCCAAAGUUACAGUUGGAACCAGGGUUCUCCCCCUCACCUCCCCCACCACCACCACCACACCCUCCUCCAGCUCCUCCACCCUGCUGCUUCCCACGCUCCCCCAGACCCUUGCUCCCUCCACCUCCCUGACCUCCAUCACGCCCUCCUCCACCUCCCUGACCUCCAUCACGCCCUCCUCCACCUCCCUGACCUCCAUCACGCCCUCCUCCACCUCCCUGACCUCCAUCACGCCCUCCUCCACCUCCCUGACCUCCAUCACUUCCUCUUCCUCCUCCCUGACCUCCAUCACUUCCUCCUCCUCCACCACCCCUUCCUUCUCCUCCUCCUCUCUGACCUCCACCACUCCCUCCUCCACCACCCCUUCCUCCUCCCUGACCUCCAUCACUUCCUCCUCCUCCUCCCUGACCUCCAUCACUUCCUCCUCCUCUCUGACCUCCAUCACUUCCUCCUCCACCACUCCCUCCCUGACCUCCUCCACCCUCCUGAGCUCCAUCACCCCCAUGGAGCUGAUCCAGGACCACCUGUCAAACAGCCUGGCCCCCGACAGCGAGGGGGAGCCCAUGGACACGGAGGACGCGGCCCCGCCGACGCACCCGGAGACUGCGGGGCCACAGCCGGCUGUUGUCACGGUUACCGCCCCCACUCCAGUCGCCGCCUCGACCCUGCCCGUCACUCAGAUCGUCGCCAGGGUCUCCGCGCCGACCCCGGCCGUCACUCAACAGCAGAGCGUCGCCGUGGUCACCACCCCGACUCCCGCCAGCGUCAAAGAGGACCCCGCCCCGCCCGCCGCCCCCCAGGGGCCCGGGGCUCCGGACCAGAUCGUGAUCGUGGAGGGGCCCGACGGGACCACCAUGCACAUCCAGACCCCAGAGGGGGUCCCACUGGAGGCGGUCCAGGCCCUGCUGGGCAUCGAGGGCUCAGAGGAGAGCAGAGCCUAGCUCUGACCCGCACCGGUUCAGCUCUGACCCGGACCGGACCAGCUCUGAGAGGAGAGGAAGAACUCAUCCACACACAAGUUGGAUUUGACGUCUUGGAUCCAAACUAGCAGAUUGAACGGGGGCAGGAGGCGGGGGCAGG